CCGACUAUUUCGUUAUCGGCACCGAUUGUGAGUGGAACUUGAACCGAUCGAAUUGGGACUGAUUGGGUUAUGGUUCGUGGUUCGACGGUGUCCUCAGGCUAAAUCUGACACCAAUCUCUUCGUCUCUGGGAUGAAUCUUUCUCUGUUCAAGAAAGAUAUCGAUGAGCUCAUAGACGAGUUUGCAGAGGGUGAUUUGACAACGUUUACUGAUAUGAAGAGCGUUUGGCUAUCCCGAAAGUUUUCUUAUUUAUAUGAUGCUAGUCCUACAAGCAACUUGGCCUUUUUCAUGCAGUCACUAUAUGCACAUACAAUCGGUCACAUGGUUAGUAUUGAUUCUUUUUCACGAAGACUUGGAGGUCUUUACUGUCUCUAUUGCCUUCAUGAGAUCCAACCCUUUAAACCCAAGUUCAGAAUUUAUAUCUCACUUGAAGAGCUCGGGAAAUUUAGGGACCUUGUAGUUGAGGCAGAAGAUAAAGGUGUAGAGAUAGUUGCUGCUGUGGCAAAACAAAUGCUUGAUAAGAACAUGUUUAUCUUUGGAUCUGUGGAGGAAACUUCUGCAACCAUGAAACUUAAUCAAUUAACAGAGCUACAGAACGCACGUGUGCGGUUUGCCUAUGAUAGGUUAAUCUCUGACACUACUAUUGAGCAAUAUAUUCAUUUGGAUAUGGGUAAGGAAGUUAAUCUGAAUUCCCUAGAUGAAAUGUCUAUAGAAUAUGCAGAGGCCAAGAAGCGUGCAAUCGAAGGUUUGCUACUUUCAUAUGAACUGUUUGGGCGCAUAAUUGUUAUUUCUCCUCCCAUCCCAUCUCUGAAAGAGCAAAAUUGUGCAGGAGAAAUAAUGGAGAUUGAGGAUAUAAAGCACAUAUCAGAAGAGAAAGAGUUGAUGGGAGAGAGAAUGGAGAAAAUGAAAGAAGAAUGGGAUUCACAAAGACUUUCAUUUUAUGAACAAACCAAGCUUGAUGGUCUUACUACGACACCGAAACUGUUGAAAGAUGUGGAACAUGAUGAAGAUGAUGGGUUUGAUGAGCUUGAUCGCUUACUUUCUCAAAGCUAGUGUUGCCAUUGCAAUCGCCGUUCAAGGUUGAUGGAUGACCACAAAUGAAAACUCUAUGUAGAUAUGGCAUUUACAGGCAAUAUCAGAGUCAGGUUGUUGGAGAGAGAGCACUACACACAGUCUCAUAAAAUCAAGAGAUCAACAUGUUUGAUUAGGAGAAUUGGUUAGUAAAUUAUGUGUCUAACAAGGGUAUUAAAAAAUCUUAAUUCCGUUUUUCUUACUAAUGGAAAAUAUGUAAUUUGUCAUAUUCUCAAGUAUAGGUGUUCAGAAAUUUGGAAGACGAUCCAUCAAGAGUUAUAAUAUAACCCAAAGAAAUCAUUGAUUAUAA